AUGCUCUCACGUCUUGCUGCAGUGAAGGCACCCCGCACACACAACCGUCGCCGCGUGACCGGAUCCAGCGGAAGGAGGAGGGAAGGAAGAGAGAGUGAGCAGCAAAGGCCCAACAUGUCCCGGCGUGUGUUUACUUCUGCGGUGCUGCUCCUUCUUGUCGUUAUCAUGAUUUGCUGCGACAGUGGAAGUGCUCAGGCGGAGGUGCAGCAGUCGUCUGAUCCAAAGCCAUGUCGGGUUUCUUCGCCGGAGAAAUUCUUUGUUUGGAGAGACAAGAAAAAUGAUGAAGCAGUGAGUUCGCUCCGUGUUCCCAGUCUUGUUGAGGUGAAUGGUGGUGUGUUUGCCGUUGCGGAGGCGCAGUGCACGAAAAACAAUAAUUGCGGUUUUACUGGGAUUGCCUCGGAGUUGUUGACCUUGACUGAUGAAAAGCCAAAUGAGUUGGAUAAAAGUAAAUUGAAGACACAAGUACUGGGGAAUUGUUCUUCCGAAAACGAGGAAUGCCCCUCCCAAACAGCAGUUCUGGUUGGCACUCAAAGAGUGAAGAAAGUAUAUGUGAGGCGACCAACAACAGUUGUGAAUGGAAGUGACAUUUACAUGCUUGCUGGAAACUACAGUUGGACAUAUGAAGCUAAGAAGGAUUCUGUGUUUCAAUGGGGACUAUUGCUGGUAAAAGGUAACGUCGGUAAUGAAGAAGGCAGUACCAAUAGAAUACAAUGGAAAGAUACUUACGAUCUCCCAUGGAUUUCUAGCGGCAGAGAGAAAAAAUUCUUGACAGGGCUGUUAGGCGGCGGCGGAUCGGGUAUUAAGACAAAAGGCGAUACUCUCUUGUUUCCAGUGGAAGGCACAAAAGAGGAUGGGAAAGCCGUUUCGCUGAUUAUGUACUCCUCGGACACUGCGGGUUGGGUUGUAUCGAGGGAGAUGUCUGACGAUGGCUGCAGUGAUCCCUCCGUCGUGGAGUGGAAGGGAAAACUCAUGAUGAUGACUGCAUGUGAUGAUGGCCGCCGCAGGGUAUAUGAGUUUACUCUAACGGAGUCGUGGACGGAGGCACUCGGGACCCUCUCGCGCGUGUGGGGCAGCGAACACACGGGACAUGAGAAGGGCGUUCGAAGCGGGUUUACCACAGCGAGGAUUGAGGAAAAGGACGUGAUGCUCGUUACUCUGCCGGUGUAUCCUGAGAAUGAAGGAAAAGGCAAUGAAAAAGUUGAGCUCCAUCUUUGGCUAACGGACAAUACGCACAUUGCUGAUAUUGGACCGGUAUCCGGGAACGAUAACGACGUUGCCGCCAGCUCCCUGUUGUACAAAAGUGGUGGAAAUAAUAAUAAUGAGAAGUUGAUUGCACUGUACGAGAAGAAGGGCGGUGGGGAUACACCAUCACUCGGUAUGGUCUCUGUGCUUCUGACUGCGCAGCUGGAGCGGGUGAAGGAGGUGCUGACGACCUGGAAGGAGGUGGACAAACGUGUCUCCAAGCUGUGCCCUCCUUCAAGUGCUAACGAAGGUCGGUUGACUGACAGCGCCUGCAGCGCUGGUAAGAUCACGGCUGGGCUGGUUGGCUUUUUGUCCGGCAACUUCUCUGAGAACACGUGGAGGGACGAGUACCUCGGAGUGAACGCCACAGUAACGAGCGGUGUUGGGACGGGAAAUGGCGUGACGUUCACGGGGCGUGGCGCAGGGGCUGAGUGGCCCGUUGGCAAGCAAGGGAAGAAUCAGCUGUACCACUUUGCGAAUUACAACUUCACUCUUGUGGCGACGGUGUCCAUCCACAAGGCGCCGGAGGGAGUUACCCCUAUUCCUUUGAUGGGUGUGAAGAAGAUGAAUGGUGGUAAGAGUACUGUAUUCCUGGGACUUUCGUACAACAAAGAAAGGAAGUGGGAAUUGCUGCAGAGUGGCGGAACGCGCAAUGCUCUCAGCGGCACGUGGGGGACAGAUGCAACGCACCAAGUGGCCAUUGUGCUACAGAACGGGAAACAGGGCUCCGUUUACGUCGAUGGUCAGCGUGUGUGUGAGAGUGUGCAAAGUAACUGGGAAAAUACAGAAUCGAAAGGGAUCUCUCACUUCUCCAUUGGAGGGGAUGGGGGCAGCGCAGGGAGCGAAGAAGUCGUGUCUGUGACUGUGACGAACGUCCUGCUGUACAACCGCCCGUUGAGCUCCGAAGAGAUUGCAGGGCUUGCCAAAAAUAAAAUUAAUAUUCCAAAGCCAGUGGCUGCGCGUACUCGUUCACCUGCUGUGUCUCGCCCGAAGCGCUCUUCUGAAUCCUUGGCGGGAGGAGCAACGGGUGUCGGCACCGCUCGUCACUUUGCGGCAAAUGGUGAUGGCAGCACUGUUUGCGGAAGCGGACUGCUGCCGCUGCUCCUUCUGUUGGGACUGUGGGGAUUUGCGGCUUUGUGA